CCCGGCCCCCCGCCGCCGGAGCUGCCGCCGCCGCCGCCUCAGCUGCCGCUGAACGAGGAGCAGCAGAACAUGGCGCCGGGGCCGCCGUCGCCGCUGCCGGGAUCCCGGAGGCCAGGGCCGCGCUGAGGGCGCCCAGCUGGAAGAAAUGUUGGCUAUUUGGUGAUGAGAAGUGGCAAAAACUAACCUCGUACUGGUAUACAAGCACGAUGAGAUCUGACACUUUUGCUUCGUGGGCAGCCGGCCCCCACUGAUAAUGUGGGGAAGCCAUUGGGUCCACUGGAAAACACUAAUCUGAUCUUGGAAGUAGCUGAUUGUGGCAGGAUGUGUCGACGAUGAUGAUGGCAAGAAAGCAAGAUGUCCGCAUUCCCACCUACAACAUCAGUGUGGUGGGAUUGUCUGGGACGGAGAAGGAGAAGGGCCAGUGCGGCAUUGGGAAGUCUUGUCUGUGCAACCGCUUUGUGCGCCCGAGUGCUGACGAAUUUCACUUGGACCAUACCUCUGUCCUCAGCACCAGUGACUUUGGUGGGCGAGUGGUCAAUAAUGACCACUUUCUCUACUGGGGGGAAGUUAGCCGUUCCCUGGAGGACUGUGUGGAAUGUAAGAUGCACGUUGUGGAGCAGACUGAAUUCAUUGAUGAUCAGACUUUUCAGCCUCACCGGAGCACGGCCCUGCAGCCCUAUAUCAAGAGAGCUGCUGCAACCAAGCUCGCAUCAGCUGAAAAACUCAUGUACUUUUGCACUGACCAGCUGGGGCUGGAGCAGGACUUUGAGCAGAAACAAAUGCCAGAUGGAAAGCUGCUAAUUGAUGGUUUUCUUCUUGGUAUUGAUGUUAGCAGGGGCAUGAAUAGGAACUUUGAUGACCAGCUCAAGUUUGUCUCUAAUCUCUACAAUCAGCUUGCAAAGACAAAAAAGCCCAUAGUGGUGGUCCUGACUAAGUGCGAUGAGGGUGUUGAGCGGUACAUUAGAGAUGCACAUACUUUUGCCUUAAGCAAAAAGAACCUCCAGGUUGUGGAGACCUCAGCAAGAUCCAAUGUAAAUGUGGACUUAGCUUUCAGCACCUUAGUGCAACUCAUUGAUAAAAGUCGGGGAAAGACGAAAAUCAUUCCUUAUUUUGAAGCUCUCAAGCAGCAGAGUCAGCAGAUAGCUACAGCAAAAGACAAGUAUGAGUGGCUGGUGAGUCGCAUUGUGAAAAACCACAAUGAGAAUUGGUUGAGUGUCAGCCGAAAGAUGCAGGCCUCUCCUGAGUACCAGGACUAUGUCUACCUGGAAGGGACUCAGAAAGCCAAGAAGCUGUUUCUCCAGCACAUCCAUCGCCUCAAGCAUGAGCAUAUUGAGCGCAGGAGGAAGCUGUACCUGGCAGCCCUCCCACUAGCUUUUGAAGCUCUUAUACCCAAUCUAGAUGAAAUAGACCACCUAAGCUGCAUAAAAGCCAAAAAGCUCUUGGAGACCAAGCCAGAAUUCUUAAAGUGGUUUGUUGUGCUUGAAGAGACACCGUGGGAUGCCACCAGCCACAUUGACAACAUCGAGAACGAGCGGAUUCCCUUUGACUUAAUGGAUACCGUCCCUGCAGAGCAGCUGUACGAGGCCCACUUAGAGAAGCUGCGGAACGAGAGGAAAAGAGCUGAGAUGAGAAGGGCAUUCAAAGAAAACCUGGAGACCUCUCCUUUCAUAACUCCUGGAAAGCCUUGGGAAGAGGCCCGCAGUUUUAUUAUGAAUGAAGAUUUCUAUCAGUGGCUAGAAGAAUCUGUAUACAUGGAUAUUUAUGGCAAACACCAAAAGCAAAUUAUAGACAAAGCAAAGGAAGAGUUUCAGGAGCUGCUUUUGGAAUAUUCGGAAUUGUUUUAUGAGCUGGAGCUGGAUGCUAAGCCCAGCAAGGAGAAGAUGGGUGUCAUUCAGGAUGUUCUGGGGGAGGAACAGCGAUUUAAGGCAUUACAGAAGCUCCAAGCAGAGCGUGAUGCCCUUAUUCUGAAGCACAUUCAUUUUGUGUACCACCCAACAAAGGAAACAUGCCCUAGCUGCCCUGCCUGUGUGGAUGCUAAGAUCGAGCACUUGAUUAGUUCUCGGUUUAUCCGACCAUCUGACCGGAAUCAGAAAAAUUCACUUUCUGACCCCAACAUUGAUAGAAUCAACUUGGUGAUCUUGGGCAAGGACGGCCUUGCACGAGAGUUGGCCAAUGAGAUUCGAGCUCUUUGUACAAAUGAUGAUAAGUAUGUAAUAGAUGGUAAAAUGUAUGAGCUCUCCCUGAGGCCAAUAGAAGGGAAUGUCAGGCUUCCUGUGAACUCUUUCCAAACACCAACGUUUCAGCCCCAUGGUUGUCUCUGCCUUUACAAUUCAAAGGAGUCUCUAUCCUAUGUGGUGGAGAGUAUAGAGAAGAGCAGAGAGUCCACACUUGGCAGGCGAGAUAAUCAUUUAGUGCAUCUCCCCCUGACCUUAAUUUUGGUUAACAAAAGAGGAGACACCAGUGGAGAGACCCUGCAUAGCUUAAUACAGCAAGGUCAGCAGAUUGCUAGCAAACUUCAGUGUGUCUUUCUCGACCCUGCUUCCGCUGGCAUUGGUUACGGACGCAACAUUAACGAAAAGCAAAUCAGUCAAGUUUUGAAAGGACUUCUGGACUCCAAGCGUAACUUAAACCUGGUCAGUUCUACUGCUAGCAUCAAAGAUCUGGCUGAUGUUGACCUGCGAAUUGUCAUGUGUCUGAUGUGUGGAGAUCCGUUUAGUGCAGAUGACAUACUCUUUCCCGUCCUUCAGUCCCAAACCUGUAAGUCUUCCCAUUGCGGAAGCAGCAACUCUGUUUUACUUGAACUACCAAUCGGACUACACAAGAAGCGCAUUGAACUCUCUCUUCUUUCAUACCAUUCCUCAUUUAGCAUCAGAAAAAGCCGAUUGGUCCAUGGGUACAUUGUUUUUUAUUCAGCCAAACGUAAGGCCUCCUUGGCUAUGUUGCGUGCCUUUCUUUGUGAAGUGCAGGAUAUUAUCCCCAUCCAGCUGGUUGCACUCACUGACGGCGCUGUAGAUGUCCUGGAUAAUGACGUAAGUCGGGAGCAGCUGACCGAGGGGGAGGAGAUCGCUCAAGAAAUUGAUGGAAAGUUCACAAGUAUCCCCUGUAGCCAACCCCAGCAUAAACUUGAGCUCUUCCACCCAUUUUUUAAAGAUGUGGUGGACAAAAAGAACAUAAUCGAGGCUACUCAUAUGUACGACAAUGCUGCCGAGGCCUGCAGCACCACAGAAGAGGUGUUUAACUCCCCCCGGGCAGGCUCUCCGCUCUGCAACUCAAACCUGCAGGAUUCUGAAGAAGAUAUCGAGCCCCCUUCUUAUAGCCUGUUUCGAGAAGACACAUCACUGCCCUCUCUGUCCAAAGACCAUUCUAAGCUCUCUAUGGAACUGGAGGGAAAUGAUGGGCUGUCUUUCAUCAUGAGCAAUUUUGAGAGUAAACUGAACAACAAAGUACCUCCGCCAGUCAAACCAAAGCCUCCUGUCCAUUUUGAAAUUACAAAGGGGGAUCUGUCUUAUUUAGACCAAGGCCAUAGAGAUGGACAGAGGAAGUCUGUGUCUUCUAGCACCUGGCUACCUCCAGAUGGGUUCGAUCCUUCUGAUUAUGCCGAACCCAUGGAUGCUGUGGUCAAGCCAAGGAAUGAAGAAGAAAACAUAUACUCAGUGCCCCACGACAGCACCCAAGGCAAAAUCAUCACCAUUCGGAAUAUCAACAAAGCCCAGUCCAACGGCAGUGGGAAUGGUUCCGACAGCGAAAUGGACACUAGUUCUCUAGAGCGAGGACGCAAGGUAUCCAUCGUGAGCAAGCCAGUGCUGUACAGGACGAGAUGCAGCCGGCUGGGGAGGUUUGCUAGUUACCGAACCAGCUUCACCGUGGGGAGCGAUGAUGAGCUUGGGCCCAUCCGAAAGAAAGAGGAGGAUCAGGCAUCCCAGGGUUAUAAAGGGGACAGUGCCGUCAUUCCGUAUGAGACAGAUGAAGACCCAAGGAGGAGGAAUAUUCUUCGCAGUCUAAGAAGGAACACUAAGAAACCAAAGCCCAAACCCCGGCCAUCCAUCACAAAGGCGACCUGGGAGAGUAACUAUUUUGGGGUGCCCUUAACAACCGUGGUGAGUCCAGAGAAACCGAUUCCUGUAUUUAUCGAGCGAUGUAUUGAGUACAUUGAAGCCACAGGAUUGAGCACUGAAGGCAUCUACCGGGUCAGCGGGAACAAGUCAGAGAUGGAGAGUCUACAAAGACAGUUUGAUCAAGAUCACAACCUGGAUUUGGCAGAGAAGGACUUCACAGUGAACACUGUGGCAGGGGCCAUGAAGAGCUUUUUCUCAGAACUGCCAGACCCCCUGGUCCCAUACAACAUGCAGAUUGAUCUGGUGGAGGCACACAACAGUGUGAAGCAACCUGAGCUGGAAGUGCAGAAACGCAGUAAGGAGAGAGGAAGGUAGAAGGCCUCGUGGAAGAGAUGGCACCUGAGCUUGGCUUCAGAGAGGACCAGGAUUUCAGGAGGCAGCUAAAGGGGGCUUGAAUUCCCUGUUCUGUCUCGUCCUCACGUUUCACCCCAGCCUUCAAGAAACAGUAUUAUUUAUUCUUGCCCCGCAUCUUCUUUCCCUCUCACAGCCCCCCCAAAACCCCACCACCACCUAUCCGGAAUCCCUCUGGUCCAGCAGUCCCCACACACACUGUCCUAUGUCUUUUGGGCCAGAAAAGGCCCUAGAGCUGCCUGUCUUGGUCCAGAGGCUCUGAGCCUAAGGACCUUUGGCCUCAGAGCCUCGUUAGCCCCCAUAGACUGCUUGUGAGUUGUGUGUGUGCAUUUAAGUCUACGGAGAAGACCAUUGUCUUUCAUCAGAUUGUCAAAGGGAUGGGACUUCCCUGGCGGUCCAGUGGUUAGGACUCCACACUUUCACUGCCAAGGGCCCAGGUUCGAUCCCUGGUCAGGGAAAUAAGAUUCCACAAGCCACACAGUGUGGCCCACCCCCCCAAAAGAAAAAAAAAAAAAAAGAUCAUCAAAGGGAUACAUGACCCCCGAUGGUUCAGGAUGCUGGCCUAUCGUCUCACCCUUCCCAUCAACAGAUGAGACAACUUGGGGCUAGAGAUUAAUAGAUGACUGACUGGCAAGGUCACCUGGCGGACCAGUCUGGCUGCUCCCUGGGCUCGUGUUCACAUGCUGCCGUGUGAUGUUGCUAAUCCUGGGGUCCUGCUUCCUCUUGUCUGUCCAGCUAGCUGCUUGAGAGCACGGGGCUGUUCCUUGUCUCCUAGCGUGUGCCAGGCCCUGUGUGGGACCGGGACAGAUGGCAGCAGACAGGCAAGUGUGCCGUCCCUGCCUUCAUCUGCUGGGUAGGAGACAUCGGACAGGUUACUGCAAGGUCACACCUCCAGGAGAAGGACACCCUGAAACUUCCGUUCUGGGCCCGACAGAGUGCGAGUGCAGCCUUGGAGUCACUUUCCCCCAGAAGGACAGGUGGCCGUUGCAUGCCGUGUGUGCCUGCGUGCGUCACUGAGCGGGUGUGGCCUGAGCCGGUGUUUUCCUUUUUUGGUCGUGCAGGUGUACAAGGUGGUCAAAAUCCAUCAGGGAUUUUCCUCUAGGCACUGAGUUGAGCGGUAGCAGAUCCAAGCCUAGAGCCUGGUUGACCGCCUGGGUACCAGAGAUGGCAGCAGAGUGACACAGCCAGGGCAAGAACAAUGUUUGGGAUUAGGGCCCUUGACACCAAUUUGUGUGACCUUGGACCAGCAUUCUUACUUCUUUGGGCCUUGGUUUAUCUGUAUACUGUGAGAGGUGUAGCAAGCUAGCCUCUGAGGUCCCCAGUGGCCUCUGACUAUCCUGUCUUUCUUUUUCUUUUUUUUUUUUUUUUAAUUUAUUUAUUUAUUUAUUUUUGGCUGCGUUGGGUCUUCGUUGCUGCACGUGGGCUUUCUCUAGUUGCAGCGAGCGGGAGCUACUCUUCAUUGCAGUGUGUGUGCGUCUCAUACCAGUGACUUCUCUUGUUGUGGAGCCCGGGCUCUAGGCGCAUGGGUUCAGCAGUUGUGGCUCGCGGGCUCUAGAGCGCAGGCUCAGUAGUUGUGGCGCACAGGCUUACUUGCACCACAGCGUGUGGGAUCUUCCUGGACCAGGGCUCAAACCCAUGUUCCCUGCAUUGGCAGGCGGAUUCUUAACCACUGCGCCACCAGGGAACUCCUGUCCUCUCCUCUUGCUCCAGAGUUCUUGGGACCUCAGUUCCAAGUUCCCUGAUCUGUAUCCAGACUUCGUCUUUUCUUUUUAAAUUAUCUAUCUGUCUAUCUAUCUAGUUAGUUAUUUUGGCUGUACCAGGCCUUCGUGCUGCAGCACACGGGAUCUUCAUUGUGGCAUGCAGGAUCUCUUAGUUGCAGCAAGCGGACUUCUUAGUUGCGGCAUGUGGGAUCUAGUUCCCCGACCAGGGAUCGAACCCAGGCCCCCUGUAUUGGGAGCACGGAGCCCUACCUACUGGACCAGCAGGGAAGUCCCCAGACUUCGUCUUGAUUCAGCUGACCUCAGAUGCCUCUCCUGAACCUGUAUUGAUGUCUCAGUUGACAGACACAUGGUUUCAAAAGUAUGGUUUUUUAGCUGAGGAGGCCUGAGCCCUGUAGAGCCCCUCACCCCUUUCAAAGAGGAUUAUUGAAGCUGGCGAGGGCUCUGAGCAUGGUGGCAGGCAGGUGAUCCAGAGCAGGAGUGCUGGACUUGGAGACAGAGCUUGGUGCCCACCCCUCCUUCCCCUCACCAGCCUUGUGUCCUUGGUGUUGCCUCUUGAGUGGGUUUUCUCAGCCAGCCUGUUGGAUAAACCAGCCCCACCUUCCCUCAGGUGGUGGGAGGGCUGCACAAACAGCAACUGUGAAAUUGCCCCGCCGACAUUCCUGCACCCUCCAGAGGUAAAAAGUCACUGGUGUCGUGACUACCAUGGAAAGACUGCCAGUUUGAGUGGGUCCCUCAACACUGGUGGUGGUUUGCUUGCUGGAGGGAAAUGAAGACAGAAGGACAGGUCAGGUCAGAAGGAUGUCCGCGAGGUGGACGUUGUUUUUCACGGGGCCAGGCUUUGCACUGGGAGGCUUCCCAUUGUUCCCUUUGCCGUCCUCCCCCUCCUCCUGCCAGCCUUCUGGUGCUCCCCGGCGCUCACGAGCACCUGCCCCGAGCAGCUAGCGGGGAGAGGGAGACGAAGCCCAGGGAGCUUGGCCAUCUAGGUCCUUGUUAGGCACCUUGCUGAUGUGCUACACCGGGAUGGGGAGAGAGGCUGGCAUUCCUGAGGGUGGCCCUUGAAUCACUAUCCGAGCAGGUUCUGUAAUCCCCCCGGCCCACCGCCUGGAAGAGAGAGAAGGAGCAGCCGCCCUUGUUGCUCAGCGGAUAGGAAGGAGAGGGGACGUCCCGGGCCGGCGGUGCCAGUAGCCCCAUUUCCUGCGUCCAGCCAGGAGGACGGGUGAGGCUGGGCUCUCACAUGAAGGUGCUGCCGUUCGUACACAGCUGUGUUCUUGUCGUACAGGUGCCUCGGAGAGACCUGUGCCAAGCCCCGUCUGGAAGGGCGCAGCUAUUCUGAGUGAGACUCAGCAUGCAUGUGCUUCUCGUGUUUUCCAGGAUAGUUGUUCAUCCCUCCACCCCCGCCCCCACCCUGAGCAGUUUCCUUCUUUUAAGUAAACUUUUUAUUGAGACGUAACAGUAAAGGAUUUUGAAACUCAAGGCCAGACAAAAAGUGUGCCCUUGAAGUUGAAGUCUUGGGUCCAGAGAAAUGAAACUGAUAAUGGCGCCACAUGAUUAGUUCCUGUGGGGGUUUGUAGUCAUCUUCUAACAGACAGAUGUUACCAAAACACUGUUUCUAUCAAGCCACGCUCUCAAGUCAAAACAUUCACCGGUUUCAUGCUCGUUAGCCUGCCAGCGAACACUCUCAAUAGCUCCAUGCCUGCCAUCUUUGCAGCCGCCUCUUCCACUGGUCCCCUGAAACUCAGACUUGCUCCCAGGUGCUUGUUGUGUGUCUGGCUGUGAGCUCUUCACUUCAUGGUGUGGUGUUGCCAAGUAAAGGAGGCGCUGUCAUGAGCCUCUUUUAUGGACACGGAGAUGCCGCUCAGACGUGUCACUUCCCCGAGAUCACACAGCUGUGGUGUCAGAGACAAGAUCUAGACCACCACACAACCCUUCCUCCCUGUGCCUCCCCACACCUCCCCACCAGCCGUUUAUGUUCCAUCUGUCCUUCUACGCCUAGCUUGAGGCUCCCAGACUGUGACCCUCUAGGAACGUCACCUCCUACGGAAGUUCUUAACUAGGAGGCCGCAGGCUUCCUAAAGAAUACAUGGGUCUGGGGAGUCUGUGAAGCUCCAGGAACUGUAGACAGGGCUAUACACAGUUUAUCUGUGGGAGAGGGUCCAGAGCUUUCAUCCAUCCUAAAGGAGCCUGUGUCCCCAGACCAGUUAGGAACCAUCAUAUUUCUUAACGAACCCCCUGUCCACCCACCCACAGCCGUCAGUUGUGGGAGAGCUGCCAUCUCUUCGUGGGAUCCUCCUGUGAUUUUUAUGAGCCCUGGAGUCCUAGAGAUAGCCUUCAGUUCCGACAAGUGGCCAUAGGGAUAUCUUUCCAUGCUCAGAGAGAUCUCUCGACCAACUGGUUCCAAGUGGUCUCUGGACCAUUUUUGUCUCACUAGCCCAGGGUGGCUCUCCCAGACAAGGCAGGCCAGGUCUCCUCAGGAAGGGGGAACCAGGGCCCCAGGGAGCACAGUGGUCCUCACUCAGACUCUGGAGCCAUCUGGAGACGGUUUGGUUCCCAGACCAAGAGGCUGAUUUCUGCAACCUCUCUGGGCCUCAGAUUCCUUAUCCUUGAGGUGGGGUGAUAACAGCCCCAGCCUCGUAGGAUUGUGAGGACUCGCUGAACCAGGCCUGGCAUGGAUUACGCGUUUCAUUUGGGUUAGCUUAUUUUCCCUCUCUCAGUACAUUAGGAUCCCAUGAUGGGCAAACUCUGGGCGGUAGUGGGGGAAGGGGGUAUGUCGUCCCUUUGAUGAACUACAUAAGAAUUCCCCCACUGUUUCCAUCAGCUCCUCCAAUAGGGAGAUAUGUGGAGGGUCCCUGUGACUCCAGGAAAAGGACAGAGCCCUGGUCUUGUGACAAACUCCCUCCCUAGACCGUCUGUUGGCGUGGGUGGGUGGCAGCGCUCACCCGUCUGGUCAGGAAGCAGGCAGGCUUUCUGCAUUGGGAUGCCUGUCUCCAGGGGCAACCGGAUGAGCAAAGAAUGGUGUUCUUUAUGGUAGAUUCUCUCUGCAUCGUGGAGUCUCGGGUGGGGGGGCCAGGAAGCCCCAGGCGUACAGCGCUCCCCUUCAGCAGGGGCCUGGGACACGGAGGUAGGCCUGACCCCUAGCCCCAUGCCACUGCCAGGUGUGCCAGCCUUGGGCACUGGCUUGCAGGGAGAGGAUGGGGUUGGGCUUCCCUCAGAGAAGGUAGAGUAUACAGCGUACUCUUCCCUGGCCGCCAACCCACCAGUUUGGCCAACUGCCCAGGACCAGUAUCUGCUUUGAGCCCCAGGCCUACCAGCCUUGGUCUUGGUUUUCUCUUU